AUGAGUGUCACGAUAAAGUUGACAAACGGUACCCAAAAAACGGUUGAGGUGCCCGACUUGAAUAUAAGCGUUUCAAGGUUUAAGGAAAUCGCGUCGACCGUCACAAGUAUCCCUGCCGAUGAACAACGAGUUGUACUGCGUGGCAGAGUCUUAAAAGACGAGGAUAUUCUAUCUAACAUGGGCAUGGAACAUGGACAGGCCGUACAUAUUGUCCGUGGUCAAAAGAGCACAACGUCACAUGUAGCUCCCUCAUCUACACAACAAUCAACAAGUGUGCCGGAUAUUCAAUCAAAUACGGUUUCGCAAGUGAGACAGGAGGCUGUCAAUCCCUACGCAGCUUUAGCAGCGAAUCCGCCUGCAACUGGGGGGUUUCCCACCAAUAACCUUGGAAAUGCUAAUGCAGGGCUGCCGUUUUCCCCCGAUCACCUAUCAGCUAUGAUGCAGAACCCAGCAUUUAUGCAAUACAUGGAAGGACUGUCGAGAGAUCCUCAGUUUUUACAAGAGAUGCAGCGAACACAAUCACAAAGCCCUUUUGGUUAUCCUGAAGGUAUGCAACAACUUUUAAGUAACCCCGCAUUUAUGCAGCUUGCGCUCCAAAUGAUGCGUGAUCCAGCUGUGAUGCAGCAAAUGGCUCAAUCGCUUGGUGCUGGUUUUCCAGCCAUGAACGCCUCUUCUUUUGGGCAACAGAAUACACAGCCUACGAAUCCUAUGCAAAAUGCAGGUUUUUCUCAGCCACGACGAAACACUCGAGAGCUAUACCAAUCCCAGCUUCAACAGCUGAGAGAUAUGGGAUUUCCAAAUGAGCAGGCUAAUCUUGCUGCCUUGGAGCAGGCGCAAGGCAGUAUUGAGUUUGCUAUUGAAAGGCUUCUUAAUAUGUGA